CAUAUCGCGCAUGUUUUUUGAAGUAAGAGAAGCAUGGCAGCGACUGGUGCAAAUGUUGUGCAAAAUGUGUCCUCCUUAUCGAAAUUGCAGUCUUUGAACGGAAUAUGUGCAAUUUACAAAAAGUGCGGGCCAACAUCUGCUGACGUGUUAAACUCUUUUAAAGAGAAGCUCUUGAAAGAGGCUGGUGUGGCAAAUCCCAAUCCCCGUAAGAGGAAAAAACAAGCUCUGAAAAUCGGUCAUGGGGGCACUCUGGAUAGCGCGGCCUCUGGUGUUCUUGUUAUCGGGAUAGGAGAUGGCACAAAGAUGCUCACCACCAUGCUCGCAGGGUCAAAGAAAUACACUGCAGUGGGCGAGUUGGGAAAAGCCACAGACACGCUUGAUGCUACUGGCGCUGUAGUGCAAGAGAAGAGCUAUGAUCACGUGACCCGAGAGGCCCUGGAGGAGCAUCUGCAGAAGUUCACUGGAGACAUCAUGCAGGUCCCUCCUCUCUACUCGGCUCUGAAGAAGGAUGGCAAGCGUCUGUCUGUGCUCCUGAAGCAGGGCCAUGAGGUGGAGGCCAAGCCUGCCCGGCCCGUCACCGUCUACAGCCUCGCGCUCACAGCCUUUACCCCGCCGCUCUUCACCCUGGACAUAGAAUGUGGCGGAGGAUUCUACGUCAGGAGCUUGGUGGAUGACCUUGGAAAAGCCCUGUUGUCGUGCGCUCACGUGCGUGAGCUGGUGCGGACCAAGCAGGGCCAGUUCACCCUGGACGAGCACAUGCUGAAGGAGGAGCGGUGGACCCUGCAGGACAUCAGCGCCGCCCUGCAGGCCUGCCCUCCGUCCGCCAAGCAGCAGCCGGGGCCAAACGGAAAAGCGAAGCCUGACAACGGCAGCAAAGCGCUUUCCCAGGCCAGCACAACGGAGCAGGCAGAGGAUGGCUUAGAUGAAGCCAAUAGCAGGGACUGACCAGUAGGGGGAGGUCCAGAGCCUGUGUGUCUCUCUCUCUCUCUCUCUCUCUCUCUCUCUCUCUCUCUCUCUCUCUCUCUGUCAGGAAGUCUGAGGCAUUGUGGGGAGGAGGCUAGGGGGGCGGUUGUGUGACCUGCUCUGACUGCGACGGUCUCCACCCUGAGUGUGACCUUAUGAGUUCAUUCCCUGCCUCCGCAGUGUUCCACAUCGUACGAGGAAGCCACAAGGAGCCCACAAGGAAGUUAUUGGGGUCGAAAUCAGAUACGCUCGUGAGGUGAAAUUUUAAGUUAAAUGUUAAGUGAGUUGAAGACAACUGGGCUGAAAUCGGAUAGGUUUAUGAGAUGAAUUUUUUUAUUAAAUAUUAAGAGAGCAGUGGACAACUUAAAUUAGACUUUUAUUUUUUUCCCGCGGCUAACAACUAGUUCAACAGCCCUUAGGCACUGAUGCAGUUGUGUAUGUUUGUUUUAUUACAGUUAUAUCAGCCUCCUCAUGCUUCCUGUUCCUCCUCAUCAGAUUAAUGUGGUUAAAAUCCGGCUUGGUUCGGUAUGUCUGUACAGAGCAGCAGCAGCAGCGGUGGUGUGGUAUGGGAGGGGAUGAAAACUGGCCUGCUCCAUCAGAGCCUCGCUAAGCCACAGCCGGGCUUGUACAUGCUGAUUGGUGUAGUAAUAACGCCUUUAAUCUGCCUCUCUCCCCCUCGGCCGUGGGUCACAUCCCUAAAGCAGCAGUCGCCCCCGCCCCUCACACAUGCAAGACUUAGAUGAUUAUUUUCAUGUCAAGAUCCCAGCUGUUGACAUGAUGUCAUGAUUAUGUAAGAGAUGUUGAUGAGAAGUAGAAAUUAUGUUGAUUUUUGUUUCUCUUUGUGUAUGCGUUGUUAUGAGAAGGAUUAAAAUAGGUCUAAAAUGUUCAUUGUGAAUGUGCAAGUGUGAAUUUUUUUUAUGUUAGUAUUACAGUACAAAAGGAUAACGAGAAAAUCAAAACGUACGUGAUGGGAAUUGGAGUUCAUGAAUUUCAAGGAAUGUUGCUGAGGUGGGAUCGGGAGAGAGAGCCAUGGGAAUGAAAACAAUUUGCUGCUUAAAUGCUGACCUCUGCACGAUUCUUCCUCCUGUGGUUGGCACGAAAUAUGAAUAAAUAUUUGCCUUCACUUCUAA